GUGCUUCUUCCUCUCUCUCUCUCUCUCUCUCUCUCUCAUCACUUGAUCUUUAAUCCUCUCAAUCUAUCAUUUGCCGUCAGCAAAACUUCUGACAAUGGAAGCAAUCAGAUUCUCAAACUUGUCAGCUCUUCUGAUACUGCUACUACUGUCACAGUCUCUCUGCGUGACGUCAAAGGACCAAACUGUUUCUUGCACAAUGUGUUCCUCUUGCGACAAUCCCUGUAACCCUGUCCCGACGUCUUCUCCUCCUCCUCCUCCUACUCCUCCAAGAUCCUCCGGCGGAAGCGGCGGCGGCUCUUAUUACUAUUCUCCUCCUCCUCCUCCUUCAAACUCAGGUGGUGGUAAAUACCCUCCUCCGUACGGAGGAUAUGGAGACGGUGGACAAAGUUACUAUUAUCCGCCUGCUUCUUACGGCAACUACCCGACGCCGCCUCCACCAAAUCCCAUCGUUCCUUAUUUUCCGUUUUACUAUCACGUUCCUCCUCCGGGAGAUUCUGGAUCGGAUCGUUUGUUGGGUUCUCUUCUCUUUGUUAUUUUCUCCCUCUUGCUUUGUUAUGGGUAAUUAUCCAAUGAAACGUUGAUGACAAAAAAAAAACCUUCUCUUUAUUAAUUUUA